AUGUUAUGCCUGUUUACAGAUCCUGAUCAGUUUGAUUUACUGGAUGUGUCAGUGGGUCGUAGUAAAAGUUCCCUUAAGGGCGAACAAUUUACUUCGACCAAUGCGACUAUAAAGGAGUUGAUACUGAAUCAUCCACGUGAAAUAAAAUAUGUACGAGUAACUGGGGGUGUCAUUUACGGCUUCAUGACUAUAUGCGAGAUUAUGAUAUACCGACAAGCAGAGUGCGGUCAAGAUAAGUUUGGUAUCAACUGCUCCUCCCAAUGCCAUUGCCUACCCGGAGCAAGGUGCGACCAUGUCUCUGGCAACUGUUCGGAUGAUCUAUGUGAGCCUGGAUUGACUGGACGUAACUGUAGUGUUGCAUGCGAGCAAGGAUUAUUUGGGGUAAAUUGCUCCUCCCGAUGCCAUUGCCUACCCGGAUCAAACUGCGACCAUGUCUCUGGCAACUGUUCCUAUGAUCUAUGUGCUCCUGGGUGGACUGGACUUAACUCUAGCGUUGUACUACUACUACAACAACAACUGCUACUACUACUACUACUACUACUACUACUACUUCUACUACUACUACUACUACUGCUACUAUUACUUCUUCUACUACUACUACUACUACUACUACUACUACUACUACUACUACUACUACUACUACUACUACUACUACUACUACUACUACUACUACUAUUACGACUACUACUACUACUACUACUACUACUACUACUACUUCUACUACUACUACUACUACUACUACUACUACUACUACUACUACUACUACUACUACUAUUACUACUACUACUACUACUACAACUUCUACUGCUACUUCUAUUACUACUACUACUACUACUACUACUACUACUACUACUACUACUACUACUACUACUACUACUACUACUACUACUACUACUACUAUUGCUACUACUACGACAACUACUACUACUACUACUACUACUACUACUACUACUUCUACGACUACUACUACUACUACUACUACUACUUCUACUACUACUACUACUACCACUACUACUACUACUACUACUACUACUACUACUACUACUACUACUACUACUUCUACUACUACUACGACUACUACUACUACUACUACUACUACUUCUACUACUUCUACUACUACCACUACUACUACUACUACUACUACUACUAUUACUACUACUACUACUACUACUACUACUACUACUACUUCUACUUAAAUUACAACUUCUACUACUACUACUACAACUACUACUACUACUACUACUACUACUACUACUACUACUACUACUACUACUAUUACUUCUACUACUACUACUACUACUACUACUAAAAUUACUACUACUACUACUACUACUACUACUACUACUACUACUACUACUACUACUACUACUACUACUACUACUACUACUACUACUACUACUACUACUACUACUUCUACUACCUCAACUACUACUACUACUACUACUCUACUACAACUACCACUACUACCAGUACUACUUCUACUGCUUUGUUCCAGCUGAGGUAUUUAUUUCUACAACAGAGCGUCCAGAGGGCCAUUAUGACAGGUAUUAUAACGCCUUAAUAUCUGUGUCUUCGGUCCUUGUAGUUGUUGUAUCGGCAGUGGUAGUAGUUAUUGGCGUGUACAACAAACGAAUACAUCAACAAAAUGUUAGAGGAACUCUUUCUAACAGAGAAUCGUCUUCUCGCACGUACGACGACUUGAAACGAAAAUCAACAAACCCUGGCAACUAUGACUGCCUUCAAAUAUCAAACGUUGAACAAGAGGGUCGCUCAUAGAAUGUAUACAAACGUAGUUUCAUUGAGUGUCAGUAUUAAAAAAUACUUGCAGACCUUUUUGAGCCCGGAGUAAAUAUUUGUAUAACAUUUGUGUUUUGACAAAUCGAAGCUAUAAAAUAAACUUAAAGUUACUUAAAUCUUGCCGCCAUAACAUAACAAAACUGUGUUAUCGGAUUUGUAAAGGUUUAACAAAUCAAUGACAAUGUGCUUAAACUUAUCUCUUAAGAAUUGCUUACGAAACAGAAGGCGAAAGUUUGGAAAGAGAAAAAGCAAGCACAUAUCGUGUAUAAUACUGACAUUACACACGUAGUUCUAUCACCAAUUGUACGGAUUUUAUUAUAAAAACUUGCUUUGUGUUGCCACUGGCAAAACUCAACAUUACAAUAGUCGAUGUUCAAGCAGUCAACAUGCACACAAAAAUUAAAGAAUUAUUGAUACCCGUGCGGAGAAUUAUGGUGUUUCAAAAUAAUUAUGUUUAUUUGAAAAUAGAAUCUGUUGAACAGAGACAAAUGAUGAUUGCCAACAGAGUCAUGAUUCAGCCGUCAAGUGUCAAGAAAAUAUAUUAUUAAUUUUUGCACAAAACAUGAUGUUUACUCACUUUACAAGCAUACCAAUAAUCAAAGUACUUUAUCUUUUUAUUCUAUCUGUAAUAAUAUAGUUGCUAUUAAUUGCUAUUCGAUCACGUUAAAUUGCAUUAUCGCAUUUUUUUAUUCAAACGAAUUUGGAAAAUACAUUCAUAUCUACCAAAGCACGCUCAUGUUUUUGUUUUUUGUUAUCCACUUAAUAAAAAUGCUGAUAUAUAGCAUAGACAAUAAAUAUUCGAUUAAUAUCUUAUUACAUGUAAUUGUAAUCCAUAUACCAUAUGUAUGCAAUUUGAUCGCUGAUAGCACGAUGCAAAUUAUUUUUUAUAUCGGUGAAUGUUCAAAGAACAAGUCAAUGUAUGGAUUAUAUGAUCAAAUAUUUUGUUCAUAUUCAUAUUCUAUAUUCACAAGUAAACUUGUUUGUUAAGUACAUUUAUUACAUUUUUAUCAGGUUAUGCACUUGGAAAUAUAUAUAAAUAAGAUUAAGAGCAAAAACUGUUGACAUUUAAUGUCAUCCAAAAGGGCGUCUUAUUGGCGCCAAUAUAAUUGUCUUUUAUUUAUAUAUGCAACGCUAUGUUUUAAUAAAAAUACUUAUCAAAAUUAUUCAUAGAACAUGUUUAACAAAUUUGCAUAACAUUUCUCAAAAUACAUGUGUUAACUAGAUAAUACAACAAUAGCCAAAAAUCUUACCAAUCAAACAAAUCAGAAUAAUUGAUGACCGAAUUCGUAUGUGUAUUAUUAAAAGCAUUUUUGCAUUGACAAUUUAUCCAAUGAUUGUACUGUACAUAUCAUAGUUUGUUUAAUAUAUAAUAUAUCAAUGUGUAUAUUCUAGUUCCAUGGCAUAAGUAUUAUUUAUAAGUCUCGUUACCAUUGUUAGUGCUUUAUGAGUCUCUCUUUGUAUGAUAUACUAGUAUAUGAUUUUAAACGGUUUUUAUAUAUUUUAUAUGUUAUCAAAUAUUGCCUUUUUGUAUUAUUUAGUUUUUACUAAUUAUUUUGAGCGGUUGAAGAAUGCAUUACAUAAACACUUAUUCUAAAUAUGUAAAUGCAUUCUUUAUCAUUAAAAUCAUUACACUUUUUGUAGAUGUUUGUGGACAUGAAAUCUCAUUCUAAUUUAAUUUGUAUAGCAUAACUUCUUGUGCGUGUAUCAAGUCGUCUGUGUGUGUGCUUGAACGAGUGACGAGUGUGAGCACUUGUUUAGCACUUAAGGACUUCAAUGUUUAUGAGUACAAUCAAGUAAUCUUGCAUGAACAUCAGCAAGAAACCUAAGUUGCUGAGUGACUUUAUCCGUACUUUUUGGAUUUAUUGUACUCAUUUCGGACAAUACUCAUUGUUAAUAAAAUAUGUGCAUUAAAACGAAUUAUUUAGCAUAUGUGUACCUAACGCACCCAAUCAUUUUUCGCAUUAUAAAUUAAAUAACUUACGUAUAUGAGAGACAUAUCGUCUUCUUGGCCCUAGUGUAUCAUGUUUUCGUAAGGUUUAAGGCGAAAGGCAUGUAUAAUUAAACAUAUAUCCCAGCAAUGCGCUGCCUCUAUGAUGCUUUUAAUUGUAUUCUCGUGAGAUAUUACAUUAUAUAGUUGUUCAUACUUCCAGGAUGUUAUUAUAAAGAAAUAGAAUGUAAAAAACUUGUUUUCUAAGCUUUUGUAAGCAUAUAUUAUACUUAGUUAUGAAAAUAUAAUGAAUAAAUUAUCACACUUAGAUCAACGCGACUAACAACCACUCUUAAUAUAACAUCAUGGAUUCAUCUCGUAAGACGUCUUUUUUAAUCACUAUAUACACGUAUCGGUCAAAGAAAACGUGUGAGAUGAAACAGUUUUUAAUAAUUUCUGAACAAGGAACACACGGAAGUCUGUUAUCCCAUGUUUUACCAGGUGCUCAUAACAUACAUAAAAACGAACAACAACUUCAUGUGGAUCAAUGCGCCAAGAAAAUAAACAAGAAGGUUUCUAAUAAUGUCUAUAUUAGCCUUGUGACUCCAUUCGCGAGUUCAGUUUCCACGAGGUUAAUCAUUUGAAUUAACUUGAUAGCAUGUAUAUGUUGUCAAAUUCUAAAUAGCAGUGCAGUGGUAUUUGAGACUUGGGGUUAUGAUGUGUUUUCUAAAUACAUCUACAUCAAACAUUCCAACCUCGUCUUUACAAGUUUUUGAUCAUGUGUAUGAUUUGAGGAAACUCUGUAAAUGAUCAUUAUACAAUGGUUAAUAUAAAGUAUUUUACCUCCGCCCAUUACAGUUUCAGAGAAGAGAAGAACUGAUUUUGCUGAUAACGUCAUAAUAAAAAAUUAAACACUUG